UGAACUGCUUCUGCGCUACAGUGUUUUUCCGCGCAAUUUGAUUACAUUUUUCCCACGAAAAUAUGUAAUGCAGGUGAAAUGCCGCAAUGCGAAGCACGUUGAACGUUACCACAUCCAUGCAGAGUGAAAUAACACACUGUUUAAUUCAAUUAACUCAUGUAAUCCUCGUUCGAAUUUGGGUCGACGAACUUUGUUAAUGGUUUGUAAUAUUUUCUUGCGUUACUAACGAGAGGUUAUGGCGGUGCAAAAUAAAGUGCUUUACGCUUUUCGCGGGUGGAUAGCAUUUGUUGCAUUCAUGGAUUUAGGCACCGCUGGACGCUCGUACAUAGAAAGAAGAUCAUUUUUAAGUCAUAAUGGAGACACUGACCAUUUGGAGGGUGACUUUACAAUAUCACGAAUGUUGGGAAUGUACUCCGUGUUAAAAGCCCUGGCUCUAAUACAUUGCACACUCUAUAUACAUUAUAAACCAGUUGUAUCGAUGGGGUACUGGUCGUUAUGUUUGACGAUAAUUUUAUAUGUCACAGAAGCGUUUUAUUUCCAUUCGACGAAUCUCAAUUUUUAUGUCGUCUUUCCAUGUAUUUUAAACAUUAUUACACUUUUGGGAUUAAUUUAUUUACCAGGUAAGUUAAAGUUGUGGGGAACAAUACCCGGUACAUCGGGUGCAGACAGAGAAGUGGACGACGAAAACUUACAAAUAUUACGACAAAUGGGUAAUUUCCGACGACGGAAAGCUGGCAACCCUAUUAAAAAUAAACACGUUUGAUCAUCUAUGGUCGGGGGAUUUUGUGUCUAUUGUCGGGGAUAACGGAAUCGAUCGGAUAUCUUAAAUAUUGUGAUAAAAACAACGAUAUAAAAAAAUUGUUAAAAGCUAAAUGCAAGUGGAUCGUUACUAAACAUUUAUCUUUUGAUAGAGAUUAAAAAAAAACAAGUUUAAAUUAAACGCAAUAGAAAAUUAUAUUGAUAUUUUCAGACAGUUUUCAUAAUUCCAGUCCAAUGAAUAAAUUCACGAGAAUACAACUGGAAAACUGUAAAUGGAAUGCACUUUGUGGUUUCCAGCGUGUGAUACUUUUUUAAUCGUAAUUCAGUAUUGGAAACGAUAAUUGUACUGGAAUUAUGUAAACUGACCGUUAUUUUAUUAAUAUAGUUUUGACCUUCAAGGAAUUAGAAAAGCUAGAUAUAGAAAAUUAAUUUACAAUUAAAAUAUCUCCUAAAAGAUCUGAUAUCUAGAAAAAUUCUGACGUAUUUAGUAAUUUUUAACUUAAAUUUUUUGUAAAUCUAAUUAGAUGUGAAUGGUGUUUGAUGGUAGAGCGUUACUUAGUGUAGAUUUAAUUAAAAAACUACACUAAGCUAAUGUUUAGUGAUACUCCAAAGAGCGUGGUAGUGAGUCCCCUAAUUGAUUUUUAAUCUAGUCUUAGAGUUUACCUCCAAUUCUUAGUGUUUAAAUUAUAUUCUAGCUUAAACAUAUGUCAACCCUUUUAUUAGAAGCUGAUAUAAGACAUUACGAGAAGUUAAACACUCUUUAUAACCAUCAUCAGCUCUAUACGUCCCACUGAGGGCCUCUGCACCUCCCCUAAGUGAGACUAUGUGAUAGUGAAUGCUGGUCCAGUGCAAGACUUGACACAUAUGUUUGAGUUUGUCAGAUAUGUGCAGCAUCACGAUGUUUUCCUUCACCGUAACAACAUAGGAUAAAUGUACAUAUGUAAAUGUAACACAUUCAUACAGGAUUACAACACAGGACAUGCAGAUUAUAAGUCAACUGCUUAACACAUGAGUCACCGACUCUCUUAAUAAUGUUUCCAUAAUAUCCUCACCAGUGUUUAAAGGGUUACAUGUGUUUAACUAUUUUCUACUCUACAAUCUUUUAUCCAAUUUUAUCACUAAUUUUACUUCCCGCUUUAAAAAUGCAACAUACUGUGUAAUCUAGUGCCUAUAGCUUAUUAGAACUUAUAAGGUUUUGACUACAGCGAAAGUAGUGUUGUCUCUGUUUUAUCAAAGGGAAUGUAUGAGAUAGCUAUAUGUACAGUCGGGGAAAUUCGCGGUGUUAACAGAUAGUUACUCUGCCCCUAUUUAUUAAUAAUUAGGUAACAAUGCGUUGGGUAACAACGGGAUAAUAGUAAUAAGCAAUUUGAUGUUUAAUACUGAACGAUUCUUUUUGUAAAGUUGCGUGUUAUUGGCUAUUGUUUAGUUCAAACGACUCACUUUAAAGUUGUAGCACCACCAAUUUCUCCGAGUGUACAUUAUUUCGUUGUAGUCAAAUUCUGAAUAUAUAGGAUGAUUAAAUAUACAUUUAUAUGAAUUGUAACGACCAAUAUUUACAGCACUUUUUAAUAAUUCAAUUUCGUGUGAUUUUUUAAUUAGUAAAUAGGACUAAUCGUCAUUAUAUCGUUUGGUAGAUUUACGUUUUUUAUACAAAUUCGAAAUUCAAAUUUAAUAUCGUCGUCUCUUUUAUUCUCCUUUGAAAAAAAGAGACGAAAAUAUAGUUAAGUUUUACUCUCAACAUAUGUAAGAUUGAAUUUUUAUUCUGAUGUUAAUUUGGUACAUAAUUAUACAGGAUGUUUAAGAAAUAAGAAGCAAAAUAUUUCACAACCUGCCCUCUAGCGGACAAAUUCGACAAAUUUCUUUGACUAUCGUAUUAGUCAAAUAAAGUUUUGCCGUCUUACAAAUUUCUGAACACCCUGUAUACCCUUAUUUACUAUGAGUAUAUUUUGUAUAAUGUUCUUGUUGCGUCGUAUAUACUAAUAUUAGUUUGCGUGUGUUAUGUAGUUUUUAGCUAUAUAAUUUGUCACUGCAGUGCCUACUUAUUAUUAGGUGUCACUAUAGCAUAGAUUUAACAAAUUUUAAUAGAACUGUCGACAUUAAUAUAAUAAUUCCAGUUGAGAGGGUAGACAGAAAUAAUUUUCAUUAACUCCAAACGUUUGCACAUAAUCUUUCUUACAUAGUAUCGGCAAAAAUACUCAAAUAAGCGGGACUAGACAAAGAGCAUUCGCUUCGAAGCGAUUCCAUAACGAACUUCAAAUACAUAUAGAACUGACAUUUACUUUCGUUAUGUCACGUGAUUGUCACGAGUCAAUUUUGACAAGCCAGGUGACAGAGGCGUAGUCACAAAACAUAUAAAACCUACUUAGAUACAAAAAUGAUAAAAAAAAGUUAAACGAUUCAAACUUUCAUAUAUUUGUCCGGUUUCGCCUCCGCGAAGGACCCUGGAGGGUGGAAUGUGAUUAUCAUCUCUCGUAUACUUAUGCUUAAUGCAACCCCACAAACCUUCCAAAAUAAAACCUUCUUUGAAUAAAGAAAAAGAAAACAAUAUUAUACGAAUAUUUAAAAAAUG